GGUUGUCAGGGAGAACACUGUAAGAAUGGCCCAUGUUCUCAAUUCUGUCGCAGUACAUUUUAAAAGUGCUGAACAAAUAGUUAUAUUGACUACGUCAGUCCUAGCUCUCUCAUUAAUGUCUUAAUCAAUGUUAUGGAUUGCCUCUUAUCCGCUCAUUGUCCCCUUAUGCCAUAGUUUGUACAUCUCAAUUGCAAGAAGACACCACAUCUGUUUAGCAAGUCAGCCAUAUCAGCUAUGCUUUUUUAAAAGGCAGUAAAUGAGGCUGAAUGAACUGUUUCGCUGCCAGACAAGGCUCUGCUGAUAGCCAGGUGUAGCAGUGGUAAGGUGUUGGGACUGCUGUUGGAACUCUGCUGUUGGGACAGCUUUAUGUAGGCCCUACCAGUUUGUGAGCACGGUUUGUCACCGUUAUAUUGCAAUUAAUGUUUUGUUUAUUGUUGUGUUGUGUUGUGUAGUGGCUUUUCUGGCAUGCAUAAAUCAAAAGUAAAAAAAUGUCACACCAUUAUUUACACGCUAAAAUUGCCACUGAUUAUGUCAGUCUCAUUUGCAAUUCACUGUCAUAGCCCCACAUUAAAAAUAUGUGAGGGUGAGUUGAGAAAAUCAGAAAUCAGAAAUACUUUUAGAAUGUUUUUCAAUUGACUGCCACAGCACCAAAUAAAAUGCACCAAAUGGCAUUUAGAAAAACAAACAUUUUUGGUGUUCAUUUUAAUUGUUUUAAGGCGAUAAUUUUCAAAUAUCAAAAUGGUGUCGUGGGACAAAAAAGUUUGCGGAUCACUGGCAUAGAGUAUAUAUUUGGCUUGCAGUAACUAAACUGGCCAUGGAGAGGGGCAGCUUUCCUAUAAAGUAGUGUAAUGAGGAAGCCAAUAAGAUACAGAUGUCUUGAUAAAACCUGGACCCUCCCUGUUUCCCUACGUGAUUCUUGCUGGAAGGUUCAACUGACUGGUUACACAUUAACCAGAGGAGCUAGAGCAUGCUGUCUCAUUAUCAAAUAUUUCUGUUUCAUAAUUAUGGCUACUCAAUAGCCUUUAGCAUUAGCAAUUUGGUAAAUGGGAAGUUGGAAUGAAUAAUAUUUGAGACUAUAGGUGGUACAUAUACAACAAAACAGGCCAUUCAUAUAUACACAAGGUGCCGUGGCUGAGUAUUGGAGAAGGACAAGACACAGCGUUGUUCUGGGACUAUUUGACUGUUAGCUAUUACCAUCACCAUGGGUAAAGCUGUCUCAGAUAUAGGAUGUUUUGGCUCAAAACCAGAAGAACAGAAGAGCACAGUGGAUUCAACAAAGAAGGGUUAUGACUCAACUGCAGAGCAAGAAAACCCUUUACAGACAGAUACUCAUGUCAAACUAUCUCCUAAGAAAGAUGCAUCAGCAAGAUCCAUCAAGAAGACUGCAAAGUUCGAUAUAAAUCAAGCACGCUCACAUGAAGUGGAUGUUACUCUGGAUGUGGACACUGCUCACCCUAAGCUGAAGAUACAUGGGAACUCACUACAGUGGACUAAUGAAUCACCACAGAGAAAAAUUAAAGUUGAAAACUGUUUUGAUGAAGAGCCUUUUGUGUUGGGCAAAAUGGGCAGUCCUUUGAAGACUUACUGGGAGGUGAAUGUGAAGGAGAAGGAUGACUGGCUGCUUGGCGUUGCCAAGGAAACGGCUAACAGGAAGGGGCCGUUGGCUUUCAGUCCAACUAAUGGCUUCUGGGUAAUCAGACUAUCCAAUGGGCAAAGACUUAAAGCCAUGGAGGAUGAAGAACAUGUUCUUGACAAAGGUAUUCCAGAUAAAGUCGGUAUCUAUCUGGAUUAUCAGGAAAGGAAGGUGACUUUCUUUAAUGCAGAAGAAGGUUCGCUCAUCUACUCAUUUAUUAAUGGACCAAGUUAUCAGGAUGAUGUCCUCCCACUUUUCUCACCCUGGAACAACGAUGCAGAUCCAAUCACAAUUUUGCCCAUUACAGCAACAUAAAAAAACAUCAUUCAUCACAUACCCUGUAUGUCAAUAGCUUAUUGUGGUAUAAAGCUAUGUGAAUCAUUUUCGAUUAAGUGAUGUACAGAAUUGUGGAUUAAUUCUCAUCCUUUGCUGUCAUCGAACCAGGCAUCAAUGUUGUGUUCCCUAUUCUUUAUUAAUAUAUUAGACAUUCAUUAUUUCAGUAGAGUAUUGUGUGUGAGAUUAAACAUGCAUUUUUGUUUUAA